UAUUUGGGCCCAUUCAAAUGCUUUUUUUUUUUUUGGUAGACACAUUUUAUUGGAAUGCCAAAAACAGUGAAAAGCCAUGAAAGCAUAGACCUUUUGUGUCACCAUAAUUCAAUCCAAUUUCAAAAAAACCAAACCCCUGUUUUCCUCUGUUUUCCAAUGGAUCCCAAGCCCUCAAAGCUACCGCAAGAGCUACCCAUCUUCCACCAGCCCCUGGCCCACCCACAACAGCCUCAGAUCACAGACACCAAGCCGUCUUCAUCAUCCGACGGUCGAGAAUUGCAGAUUGUUGUAGCAGAGAAAGAUGAUGGCAAGAAACAGCUUGCACCCAAGAGAAGCUCCAACAAGGAUAGACAUACUAAGGUGGACGGUAGGGGGAGAAGGAUACGGAUGCCAGCCUUAUGUGCGGCCAGGAUUUUCCAGCUCACGAGAGAGCUGGGCCACAAAUCAGACGGUGAGACAAUACAGUGGCUGCUGCAGCAAUCGGAGGCGUCGAUUAUUGCUGCGACGGGUACCGGAACGAUCCCUGCGUCGAUGCUAACCGGCGCCGCCGUCGGGUCGGUUUCCCAACAGGGGAGUUCAUCUUCGGUCGGGCCGCACCCGGAACUGGGACCGGGUAUCGGGUCUAGAGCUAAUUGGACUAUGAUAGGAGGAGGUAGCUAUGGUAGACCGCACAUCGCCACGGGCCUGUGGCCCACCGUCGGUGGCUUUGGGCCCGGGGUUCUUCACACGGCAGGCCCGUCUACAUCAACCUUCGGAGGUGAGGGUUCGAAUUUCUUGCCACGGAUCGGGGUCCAUGGGUUCGAAUUGCCGGGUCCCAACAUGGGCCCGGUGAGUUUUGGACCGAUCUUGGGUGGACACAAUCAACAGCUGCCUGGAUUGGAGCUUGGGUUGUCGCAAGAUGGGCAUAUUGGAGUUUUGACUACACAGGCCUUGAGCCAGUUCUAUCAGCAGGCUGGGCAUGGAAGGGGGGUGGGGCCAUCUCAACAGACGGCUCAGAUGCCACCAUCUAGUAAGGAUGAUUCUCAAGGUUCAAGAUAGUGAGAGUGGUAAGUGUUUUGAAGGAGAAUUUAAGGAGAUCAACGGAUGGGAUUGUGCGAUGGGAAUACGGAGUUCUUCGGUGUAGCUGCAGGAGUUGGGGAAGAGAGAUAUGGGAGAAUUUUCAUUGUUUUAAGGAAAUUGGAUUGUUUGGAUGGAUUUGGGUAUUGGGUGUGGCCCAUCUUUCUCUGCUUAGCUUCAUCCAAGUCUCCAUAUACAGGGGGGAAUGUGCAAAACUGAAUGGAUUGGUAUUGGACUUAAAUACUUAUUUUCAGAUCGUUGGUAUGGUAGGACAUGGAUGACGGGUCUCUCUCCUCCAUCAAAUGAUCUCAGAUAUCCAGCUGAUGUACAUUUCGAUAUCGCAUGUGGGGUAGUUUCAAUCAUGCGUUGCAACCCCACAGUAGGGCCCACUGGAUGAACUGUAAGGUGGGGUCCACCUGCAUGAAGCAAUGGCUCAAAUCAAUGUUCCGGUGAUUCAAGUGCAGAUUUGUAUAUCUCCCCUCAUGAGGAGAAUAUUUCUAUGAACAUUUCAUUUAAAUGUAGUUUAUGAGCA